AUGACAAAAAAGAAGAAUUCAAUUAAGGAUAAUGAUUUUGAAUUACAACCUUCUAUUUUACUUCCUUUUAAUAAUAAUAAUAGUAUUAAUAGUAUGAAUAUGAAUAAUAAUCAUUUGAAUCAUUUGAAUAAUCAUAUGAAUGAUGAUAAUAGUUUAAUUCAAGUUAAUAAUGAAAUAAUGAAUGAUGAUAGUAGUGUAUUAUUAGAUUAUAGUGAAAUUGGAAGUGGAUCAAUAGAUGAUAUAAUGAUGUUUGCUGAUUAUCCUAUUGUUAAUAACACUACUACUACUAAUGAUAACAGUUCUGAUUUAACACCAACUAGUAUUUCAUCACCAAAAUCCAAUUCAACAAUAACUGGAAGUACUGGAUCAUCAUCUUCUAAUGAAAAGAAGAAGAGAAAGAGAAAGGAAUCUGAAAAUUCUAAUCAUUUAACCAGUGAAUCAUCCAAUGUAAAUAAUAAUAUCACCUCAUCAUCAUCUUCAUCAUCAUCAUCAAUAACAACACCAAUAACAAAUUCACUAUUAGAAUCUAAAUCUAUUAUUUUAAUUGAACAACAACCUAAGAAGAGAACAUCUAAAUUAAUAGAUAAAUCACCUCUAAAACCAUCAUCAUCUUUAAAAUCUAAUUUAAAUUCUUCAACACAACAAGCAUCAUCUUCAACAACAAUUAGAAGAAAGAAUAAUAGAUCAACUAGUCAAGAUACAGAAACAUUUAUAUGGACAUUAGAGGAGGAACAAUUAUUAUUAAAACUAGUUGAAAGACAUAUACAUUUUAAUAAUUCUAGUAGUACUAGUAAUAAUUCUAAUAAUAAUUUAUCAUUAUAUGAAUCAACAAUUGAAGAAAUUAAAGAAGGUGUUAAUUGGCAACAUGUAACUGACAUGUUAAAUGAAAUAUUAUCACCCAUAUGUCCAAAUAGAUCAGCACAAUCAUGUUCUAAUAAGGUUGAAUUAUUAUUAAAAGAAAUUCAAUCAAGUAAUAAUUUAACUGAUCGUACCAAAGAUAGAACAUUUGAUGAAUUAGUUAGAGAAAUUAAAGAAUUUAGAUUGAAGAGAGUUUACAAUUGUAUAACUGGUACUUUUAUUGGAACACCAAUAGUUGGUAAUAAUUCAAAUUCAAAUUCAAAUACUUCUAAUAACAUAUUAUCAAUGAGUAGUGGUGGAACUAUAUUAUUACCACCACCUUCUUCAUCCUCAUCUAAUACUACUACUUCUUCCUCUAAUACUUCUAAUAGUAAUGCAAUGAAGAGAAGGAGUAAAACACAAAAUUCCAUAACAUCACUUGUAUCCUCUCUAUGUAUGAUACAUAAAAAGAAGAAGAAAUCAUCAUCCUCAUCAUCAUCAACAACAUCAUCAUCGACAACAUCAUCAACAGGUAACAACAAAUCAGAUUCAUUUGUUGUACUAUCAGCAUCACAAUCAAAGAAAUUACAACCACCUAAAUUAUUAAUAUCCUCUACAAUUGUUGAAUCUCAAUUAAUUUUAAAUAAUAUUAAUGCUACUUCUAAUAGUAAUGCAUCAAAACAUACACUUGAUUAUAAGAAUACUGAAAAACAAACACUUACAUUAAAUUAUUAUAAUGAAUUUGAAAAGAAUACAAAUAUGGAAAAUAAUAAUAAUACUACCAAUACCAAUACCAAUACUACUAAUACUAGUAAUAUAGAUUUAAAUGAUUCAGAUAAUAAUUCAAUACCAUCAUCACCUAUAACACCAACUCUAAAAACAAUGAGUCAACAAUUUGAUUUUAUGAAUGAUGAUGAAUUUGGAUUAAAUAUAAUUGGAAUGAAAAAAUCAAAUUCUUAUUCUUUCAAUUUUAAUCAACAACAACAAACAAAUAAUAAUAAUAGUGGUGGUAGUGGUAGUAGUGGUGUUGGAACAAUUGGACCAACUAGUCCACAACAUCAACGUAAACGUGGUACUAUUACAUCAUCUAAUAAGCAAUCAAGUAAUGUUAUUAAUAAUACAAGUAAUAUGGCAACAACUAGUUCUGUAAUAACACCAAUGACACCAUUAAAUACAUUAUCAAGUAAUAAUAAUAAUACUAUAACCAGUAAUAAUAGUAUGAUGGGUUUAUUAACACAACCUUCAUUUAUUAAUAGUAAUAAUACUAAUAUUAAUAAUAAUACUAAUAAUAAUAAUUCAACAAGUAAUGUUAAUGUAGUGAAUUCAGCAACAUCUGCUGCAACUCAACCAGCAACAGGUGCAUUCUUACAAAAUAGAAAUCAUUUAUUAUCUACUCAAGCAAAUAAUAUGGUUGUUGGAGUUAAUGUUAGUGGAAUUGGAUCAGCAGCAACAUCAACAGUUGGUAAUAUUGUUAAUCCUGCAUUACUAACACCUGGUACUACUUAUGGUGGCCAACAUAUUCAAAAUGUUGGAACCUAUUAUGCAACUCAAGCAUAUACACGUGGAUCAAUUGUACCAACUAUUAAUCCAAUGGUUAAUACUUAUUUACAAGCUCAAUAUAAUGCUUCUUUAUAUAGAGCUAAUGUUGGAACACAACAACCAAUAUAUUUCAAUCCUAAUAUUGUAAAUAAUAUUGUAAAUACCAAUAAUACAAAUGUACACACCAUCAAUAAUCCAACCAAUGCAGCAACUCAACCUGCAACUAGUCGACAAUCAACAAGUAAUUCUUUUGCUCCAAGUUUUUUCAUGAAUCAAAAUAAUCAAAACAAGAAACAAUAA